CAGCUGAUACCCCAAAUAUGGACGAACUGGCGAACCAAGAAGACGGAGGGCUUACCAGCCUUGAUGAUGUUUCUCUGGGCUCUAUGCGGCGUCCCAUUCGGGGUAUAUGCGGUAGUUCAGAACUUCAACAUACCUCUUCAAGUCCAGCCGCAAAUUUUCAUGGCCUUAUGCCUCGUUGCUUGGGCCCAGAUAUUGAUAUACCACAGCAAGUGGCCGGCAUGGAAAGCUUCCGUUUUGGCCCUCGUCGUGGCUGCUGUCUUUGCAGGAGUUGAGGCCGCCUUGAUCCUCACACUGAGGCCCAUAGACAACGACGGAAAUGAGGUCCCGGUCAUUGUUGUUGGAAUAAUCGCCGCCAUCCUCCUCGCUGCUGGGCUCCUUCCGCCAUACGGCGAACUCUGGAAGCGGAGGGGAAGGGUAAUAGGAAUAAAUUGGGUUUUCCUUGCGAUGGAUUGGUCCGGUGCCUUCUUUUCCCUCAUGGCGCUAGUUGCACAGAAUACUUUCGAUGUCCUUGGCGGAGCUCUCUAUAUCAUAUGCUGCGUCCUCGAAAUCGGUAUUUUCUCUUCCCAUCUUGUCUGGCUGGCACGUACGUGGAAGAUUCGGAAAGCCGCAGCUGCUGAAGGGAAGAGGUUUGAUGAUGUCCCAGCCGAGUAUCAGGCGCGAGGAAUUCCAUUCAAGUUUGCCGAGAGAAGGGGUCGGAAGAUUGGUGGGAGUUCAAGGAGUGCGAAAGGCGACAAUGAGACCGGGGAGGGACAGGGCUUGGAACCGUGUACAGCAGCACCUGUAAGAGAGUCACGGCGUUUAUCGGCGGCUGCCGAGCCCUAG